AUGGCCUGUGACGAACCCGCUGCUCUCUCGGGCAUCUUCACGCGCCAGAACUCUGUCAGCGCCGUCUCUCUGGAUUUCGAGCCUGACGCCGACUACAAGUUUGUUGAAACCUUAGAAGACCGGUACAAGUGCGCCUACUGCCACCUCGUCCUUCACAAUCCCCACCAGACGGGAUGCGGGCACCGGUUUUGCCAGCAGUGCAUUCUUUCUCUGAGAGAGUUGAAUGCAGUACCCACCUGUCCUGUCGACAAAGAAACAAUAAAAAUGCACGAGGUAUUCAAAGACAACUGCUGUAAAAGAGAAGUUCUCAACUUGCAUGUGUUCUGCAAAAACAUUCCUGCCUGCAAUUCAAAAAUAAUUCUGGGACGAUAUCAGGAGCAUCUUCAACAGUGCUUGUUUGAAAGUGUGCAAUGCAUUAAUGAUGGAUGUUGUGAUCAAAUUCUUCGGAAAGACUUGAAAGAGCAUUUGAGCCGGCACUGCAAAUUUCGAGAAGAAAUGUGUCAGUACUGUAAUAAAUAUGUGGUGUUAAUUAACAUAAAGAAUCAUGAGCAAAAUGACUGUCCUGAUUAUCCUGUGCCUUGUCUCCAAAACUGUUCACAAAUAAUUCUGAAAAAGGAGAUUGAAAAGCACCACGCUGUGUGUCCUGAGGCAGAAGUGGACUGCCCAUAUAAGCAGUACGGCUGUCUUGUAAAGGUUAAAAGAGGAAAACUUGCCGAACAUGAAAACGGCGCCCUGAGGGAACACAUGCUGCAGAUUUUAGACAAGAACUCCCAGUUGGAAGAACAGAUAUCUGACCUGUAUAAGAGCCUGGAAUGUAAAGAGAUUAAAAUCCAGCAGCUAGCAGAGGCCAUUAAAAAGUGUGAGAAAGAAUUCAGACAGUUUACACAACUGUUUGGUAAAAAUAGCAACUUGAUGGUAAGCACACAGGCUCUGGCCAGUCACAUGGAUAAGUCUGCGCGCCUAGAAUCGCAAGUGAAACAGCUAAUACAGAUGGCAAACCAGCAACAAAGCAAAUUAGACUUGCGACCCCUGUUUGACACAAUUGAAAAUGUAAAACAGAAGAUUGCCCUGAUGGAGACAUAUGAUCAGCGCUUGGUUGUUUUGGAAGGUCAGUCCAGCAAACACGAUCUCCAGAUCAAUAUUCACAAAGCACAGCUCAAUAAAAAUGAAGAACGAUUUAAGCUUUUGGAAGGCACGUGCUACAAUGGGAAAUUAAUCUGGAAAAUCACGGACUACAAGAUGAAGAAAAAAGAAGCGGUGGAAGGCCGCGUCCUCUCCAUAUUCAGCCAGCCCUUUUACACCAGCCGCUGCGGGUACAGGUUAUGCGCGAGAGCCUACCUGAACGGGGAUGGCUCAGGAAAGGGGACGCACGUCUCUCUCUACUUCGUCGUGAUGAGAGGGGAGUUUGACUCGCUGCUGCUGUGGCCUUUCAAGCAAAAAGUUACACUUAUGCUUUUGGACCAAAGUGGGAAAAAAAAUCACAUCGUGGAAGUCUUUAGAGCUGACCCCAAUAGCAGCAGUUUCAAAAGGCCGGACGGAGAAAUGAAUAUUGCCUCUGGAUGUCCGCGCUUCGUGCCGCACACGGUCCUGGAGAACACAAAGAACACCUACAUCAGAGAUGACACUCUGUUUUUGAAAGUGGUUGUGGAUUUAACCGAUCUGGAGGAAUUGUGAAAAGCGUACCCGAUCAAUGUGACUGCUUUAACCAUUAAGAAAUGCUUUCUUGGUGACUACCAGCCAUGCAAUAGUGAAUUGCCACUAGUCAAGCUACGGAUAAUGUUUCGAGGCUGUUGGACUGCAUAACAGAUAAUGAAUUGCCAAAGCAUCAGCCUUUCCUUUUUUAACCUUUUUUUCAAGACUGCAUUUUACAGGCAGCUAGAAGUCCCG